GUCUGCGAAAUAGAUACAUGACAAGUGUUUUAUGUGACAAGUUUAUCCGAGUUUUCCCUAUCUGUCGCCGCACAAACGCACGGAAUUGGCAUCCACGCUUCUUAUUCAGCUGCACCCUUGCCAAACUGUAGCAGGGCGGCGGGACACCACGGAUGGUCAUCUCUCAGCGCUGGCGGAUUGUUUGCCCAGGCUGAACAGGGAAGGGCAUAAUUUCACUCGCUCGGUUAUCUACCUCUAGAUGGUCUGCGAAACAAGAGCAGUUCGAUCGAAAAGAACUCGGAUGAUUUCAUGAGGACGCCCACUUUGCGCGAACGGAACAGGCGCGCACGGACGGUCAGUUUGACAGUCGCUAUCGAGCAGUUUCCAUUCUGCGCGAGUGCGUAGCAGAAAUGAGGAGAGUCGCUCGCCACGCGCUGUACUCCGUCGGAACCGCCCAGCGCUAGCUAAUUCCGUGCGUACAUCGGCGCGGGCGAGUUCCGGACAUCUCGUAUUCCCACGGCAAACCGCUGUAUCGCGCGGCCACCACCAUGAGCGUCGAGAACCGUCCGCCGAACUUGGAGAACCUGGACAACUGCGCGUCCAGGCUUCGGCGCGACGAAGAGGCCGACGCCAACGGCGUUACCAGCGACGAGGACGGCCCGGCGGCGAGCCCCUCGGUGUCGCCGCUGGCGUCGAUCGACGGGGCCGACGACGACUCGCCGACGUCGGACGACAUGCCGGACGCGAUGACCGCCUCGUACAGCGAGAUCUACCAGGAAGGGGACGACGACGACGACCUGCUGCCGGGAGAGAUCUCGGACCUGGCCGAGGUGCAGGACGCCACGCUGGGCAUCAACGAGCUCGUCGACCAAAUCAACCGCGAGGAGCGGGAGGGCACGGCUCGCGCAGCUACCUCGUCGCGUGCCAACUCCGGCAGACCUCAGAGCCUGGGCGUCAAGGCGGCCAAGCCGCACCAGAGUAGCCGUCUUCCCUCUGCGAUGACAGACAGCCAAAUCACCAGUCCUGGCUCCUCUAUGAUGAGUGCCGAGGAGGCGUUUGAGGACUCGCCACUCCUGCGGCACGCUCACGGAGUCGCCGGUGCCGUGGGACUGUCUGAGCUCGCUGGGACGCUCACGUACGAGGGCGACAUGGUCAGCUUUGUUGCCGAGGACCUUCAGGAGAAGAUCAAGCUGAGCAGUCCGGUCAGCAAGGUUGCAGAUCCGUUUCCUUCGUCGUGUUCCUCAACGUCGAGUCUGUGCCGGCAGAUGUUUGCCCCGCACAUUGCCCCCAUCGAUCCGGGUGCCUUGGCCGACUUGGAAGAAGAAGCACGCACGGUCGCAGCCUCGGUCGAGACUCUGCUCGAGAGCCUCACCACAGCCAUGCAUGGGAUCUCAUCUAUGACAGUGGACUGCAUGAGGUUGUAUGAGAAGGGCAUCUCUAAGACUUGCGAUGUGGCAGAUUCCAACAUCAAGGCGAUGUACCAGCUAAUGGCCAAGUUUGAAGAGCUGAGCAACUCCAUGCGACCGCUGGACGGCCUCGUAGCAGAAGUGAAGAGCAUCAAGAAGCUGCUGGACCACUUCGAGAAUGCCGUGGAGGGUAGGAUCUGAUCAGCAGGCAGCAAGCUGGCAGAAGAGAGUGUAACAUAGGCUUCGUUAUUUAUACUUAACUUGCACAAGGUCAAAAUAAAUGGCCCUUACAGCCAUCAACACAG